GACCAGGAACCGUUGAAACGACGUUCUCAGGCUAAUAAUAACUGGCGAAGUUGUGAUAUUUUUAGUGCCAAAACACAAUAUUAUGUGUGAGUGAUUAUCUCACAUACACAUAAAGCAGCGAUUUAAUGGCCGCGCAGUCUUGUUUUAGUGAAAAAAAUAUGAACAGUGGUUGCUGGAAAACAAAUGAAAACGAUGAAGCCCGGAAUGCAAAAUCGGACAGACACCACAACUUUUCCAAAGAUCUCUUUUAUAAACUAUACGCUACAAAAGCAACAGGCUCUAAAGGUAUUUCCUAUGUAAACGUUUGUGACAGAAAUCCAAUGUAUUGCUUGGAAAGUUGUUUUGGGAAAUGUGUGAAGAAGACAGACACACUUUUUGUACGUUAGAUAGACGUGGGUGUUUUGUAGGUGUGUAAAUUGAACUAAAACAAAUAAAAAAUGUGGUCCCAGUCGAGAAAACACAACCUCAAACCCGAAGUUUGGGCCGAACGAUACAAGGAAAAGAAUUUGUCUGGAUCCAAAGCCGUUUUUAUAGAUCUAGAAGAGGAUAGAGACGAUGAUACAAAUAAAGUAUAUUCUAAAUGGUCAGAACUACCAGACUUGCUUUUGGAACAAAUAUUUUCGUAUUUGGGCAUAAGAGAGAAAUAUUACGCCAGCUUAGUAUGUAAAAAUUGGUAUAGAGCCUUUCAUUUGCCUUAUGCUUGGAAAUUUUUCACGCUGGAUGAUAAUACGUUAACUAGAAGUAGGUUCAAUUAUUAUUCCGGAUGGCAGUACGUUCUGGAUCACGUCAGAUGUCAAAGUUGUAUGGCGAAUGUAGGAAAAAACAUAAAGCACCUGACCAUAGAGCCGAUGUUGAAUUUCUACAAUCUGUACGAGUUCAUGAACAUCGUAUCAUGGUACACCGAACAGCGAGAAAAGAAAGAGAACGUUGACGUGGGCAUUGGGAGUAAAAUAAAGUAUUUGAAAUUCACGUUUCCUUGCAAUAUGACAAACAGAGAUGAUUCUGAAAGGAUACGUCUGUUUGGCACUGGAGGUAAGCUACUUGCGGCUCUGAAAAGACUGAUGGGUAAUCUUAAAAAGUUAGAAUAUCUGCAACUGAUAGACUUGAUGCUGGAACCAAAGGAAGCUCAGUAUCUCUUGGACGAAGUAUGUGAAAUCUGCUGUUUAACGUUGAAGUCUCUCAGAGUGAUAAAUGCCACAAGGGUGCCGUAUCAAAUGUUGCAUAUGGGCGUGUUUUUGAAUCUAUGGGAACUCUACAUAAGCCCUCAAAACUUGGGAGACGACUUAGUGGUUCUGUUGGGUGAUACCAACUUGAAACAUUUGCAUAUAGUUCAAAACCGCUACACACCUAAUGACAUAAAUAUAAGGCCAGUAUCACCAGUCGUGUGGAAAAAAUGCCGUAAGCAAAAUAAAAGGCUGAAUGUUCACCUACAAGUGGAAAGUUUCAAGGAGAAAGCUCUUAUUUGGCAAGAGAACGCUCCUGUUCGAACUGUACUUUAUGAUUCGCCGCAUAUCGGGCUAAGACCAGAUGCACUUGUGACAGCAAUAGACUUCUACAGGGAAGACCUAAGAAUAUAUGGUCAUAAGAGCAUCCCAAGAUUCUACAGAUCUAAAUCAUUCAUAGAUAGAAUUGAUGAACAUCUGGUUAUGUUAGUGCAGAGAUGUACAUAUCUGUCAACAUUGGUAGUGACAGAACGGAUAUCAACAGCGACGGUUCUGUUAUUAGUUUAUUAUGGCAGAAAUCUAAAAUGGUUAUUCAUCCGAGGUAACGCUGUGAUAAUUAGAAAUGACUGGAAACAUCACGGGCCUGAUUGGACAGAUGAAUUUGCUGCUUGGAUAAAAAACAGCAGUCGGUCUUACGCUGCAGUUGAGAAGGAAGUUUCACAAAUACUUGGUUACAGAUGGAGGUUUCUCACUGACAAGGAGUUUAAGAUGCUUAAAGUUAAUGUACAGGACUACUAAAGUUAUGGACUAUCACUUAGGUGUUUCACAACAGAGCCUGACGUGCUGACGAUUGUCCCGCGUAUCACCGAUCACUUGGAGACAUACGGCACUUUGAUACAACAGACAACUUAGAGCUAUGUUAAGAUACCUAUCAAAUAGUUUUCGGUAUCAGCCAAGUAGAUCAGAUAAAAAAUAAUUUUUGAGUAGAGUGGAUGAAUUACAUAGACGACGACCAGAAAUAAGAAAAAGAUAAGAUACGAGGGUUGUCUCAAAAAUAAGGUUUCCACGAUUUUUCAGGCACACUGAAUUUUUUAUUUGAAUAAACGAAUUUACCAUUGGAAACGUUGAUCUUUUAGCUAUUAUUCUACAUAGUCGCCAUUUUUUCUCCGACUUUUUUUGUACUUGGUAUCCAAUUUUUCACUCCCGCCUGCCGAAUAUAAUAUAUUUUGUGUAAUAUACAGGGUGUUCCUUAAUGAUACGCGAAUAUUUUUUUUACUCAAAAAUGGCACAUCGAAGGAAAACAAUUCAAGAGAGAUCAUUUGUUUUAAAUUGAACGGGAAAUUCAAAAAUAAUUGUUAUUGGGCAAAAAAUCAUUGGCGUACCAUUUUUUUCUUAAAAAAUAUCGAAGUCAAUACCCGUACACACGCCACUGUUAAAGCUAAAAAUUAUUUUUGCAUUUAAAAAUCUACAACUUUAUUAACUUUCACUACGUACUAAAUAUCAGUGAAAUAUCUGAAGAGGUUCUGAAAAUAUUAUUUAAUUUCCAUUUUUUUCCUAAAACUUCAACACCCCGAGUUUUUGUAACGAAACAUUUUUGGACCAUAGUUUAUAAAGCAAACUAACAUUAAUUUUUCAUGUAGAUUCACACCCUUAAAUAUUCGCAUAUCAUUAAGGAACACCCUGUAUAAAAUUCCUUUGUGUAUUUGGAUUCCUGUACGGAGUGGAAGCAGCACUGUGUCUAUGUAAUAACGGGACUCAAUUCACGAUAUUAUCUAUUAUUAAAUUUAAGAGAUACUCUACCAUUGAAUCAAUUAAUUAGUUUGUAUCAUGCACAGGUUGACUCUAUCAUAAGAUAUGCAUAUCAUUUUGGGGGAUCUCUACUAAUUCAAAAGAUGUGUUUGAGAAACAGAAAAUAAUUAUUAUCAGAUGUAUAGCAGGUGUUAGUGCUAGAACAUCGUGUAGAGAACUGUUUAACAGAUUCAGAGUAUACAUCUUAAUGGAUUAUAUAUAUAUAUAUAUAUAUAUAUAUAUAUAUAUAUAUAUAUAUAUAUAUAUAAUUGUUUAUACAUAUUUAAAAAUAGAGAAAAAUUCCCAACACAUGGCCAAAUGCAUUCAAUUAAUACGAGGAUUAGUGAAGACUUUCAUAUACCACCCUACAGAACUAAAGAAUUGCCAGUCUAAACACAUUUAAGAAUCUCUUAAAAGACUAUUUCAUUGAAAAUAGCUUUUAUAAUGUGGAAGAAUAUUGUUAUAUAUGCCGUUAAAUCUUAAUUGACUUCACCAUUUGAGGACAUGUUGAAUACUUAUGCGGUGACGGAGAUGAAUGGCUCCAUUGCGCAUGGCUGGCAGGCCGGUAUUGAGCGUCGUCAAUAGGCGCUUCUUGUUGGGACCGGUUGUGACAAAAUUCACAAGCAUAAACAAGAGUUGUUGAUUUGUUUUUUGUGAAAUUGAAUUGAAGUGCAAUUACAGAAUUUUGAUAAUUACAAAUACCGCACACGUAAACGUUAAUAGGAUCUGUUUGCUUUCCGUCUCUGCGACCAUAACCAACCAUAUACAAUUUUGUUUCAUGUUUUUCAGUACAUCAUCAGUACGGUAUAGUUGUAGUCAUUUGGAGACAGAUGAUAGAAAGCAAACAAGUGAAUUUGGGUCUACUGACAAACUCAUUAUUGUAGUAUUUGCUUGUUUGCUUUCCGUCACAUAUGUAUUUCCAAAAGACUAGACCUAUAUCGUACUGAUUGCUGAAAAUCAUGAAACAACGUUGUAUACAGUUGGUUAUGAUCACAGAGUCGGUGAUUGUUAAAACUUUGAUCAUAUCUUAAUAUCUUCAUAUUUUUUGUUACUGAAUUUCCAGAUGUCUGGAUAAUAAACUGUGUUAGCUUCGCUUUGAAAAUUUUCACAUACAUUGUCUUUAGACAAAUCUGCAAUUCCGGAUGCAACCUGCGUUAAACGCAAUCUUUUGUGCUGAAAGUUUAUAUUCAGCACUGUUAAUUCGGGGUGUCCCACGUACAACCAAUACUCAAAAAGCAGACGUAAUACAGUUAUGAAAAUUUGGGUUAAUAAUAUAACUGAUGAGAGCAAGUUGGAUCAAAUAUUCUCAAAGUGAUGACACUUCCGGUUGUACCGUAAGUUGCUAUUGCUUAUUUUAAAUAGUACACCCUGUAUGUUAUUCAAUUUUUGAAUUCUACGCGAGAUGUUAAAUACAAUUCAAGUAUAUCAUCCUUUACCUAAGUUUAACCGUUAUUGAGAUAUUUCAAAUUUUGCAUAAAAAUGACAAAUGCAGAGGAUUAUAACAAUUUUUUCUCGUAUUUUUGUCUUCACCAUGUGAUCUGUAACCGGCUUCUUGUAGUAAGGAACGUACUUUAGUAGAUUUUUUCCUGAUUUGGAUAACCAAUAGUGCAGGGCAGUCAAAAAAGAGAAUGGAAAUUAGAUUUUAUAAAACCUACGUCAAUUUUUACACAUAGAAAUUACCUUUUUAUGAUUUCAACGAGAACAAGGUUAGUCUUAGGUUUAGGAGGAUAUAUGUAUAUGAAGUGAUGAAGAAUACGCAGGUUGCUGUAUAUAAAAUAAGCAAGUUGGUAUUAAAUUCCGGUACAACUGGAAAUGCCACUAUAUUGAAAAGAUUUUAUUCGAAUUGUUCCCAUUAGUUAUACAAUGGACUGUCUUACGUCAACUUUUGAUAAAUCGAUCAUUGAAGUUCUACAUUGGGACGCCCUGUAUUCGAGGUCUGUAAAUUAAGUGAUGAGACUGAUUUUUAAAUUUUUUUAAUUCAAAUGUAAUUACAAUUUAUCACCCUCAAAAUAACUUCCUUCUGAAGCCGGACAGUGCUGGAGAUGGUUCUUCCACUUCUCGUAGCAGUGCUAGAACUCCGAUACUCGAAUCGCCUUCAGCUGGUCGGUUACCGCCAUUUGAAUGUUUUCGACUGUUCCAAAAUGAAUUCCCUUGAGGUCAUUUUUCAAGUUCGGGAAGAGAAAAAAGUUGCAAGGACUCAAAUCAGGCGAAAAAGGAGUCUGAGAAGCCACUGAAAUGUUUUUACUGGCCUCGUUGUUCCCAGUUGUUCUUGAACCGAUGAACGGUGGUAUGUGUGAAAUUUAACUCUUCCUCGAUCAUUCUGACUGUCAACCGACGAUUUGAUCGCACAAGAUCCCCGAUUUUGUCGAUAUUUUCAUCAGUUCUUGAAAAUGAAGGCCUUCCGAUUCGAGGUUCAUCUCCCCUCUGAAAGUGCCUUAAACCACCGAAAAACCUGGGCUCUUGACAAAAGAGUUUCCAUUGCACUGUCCGCAAUUCUGAAGCAAAACCUGGUAGCAAAUCAUUGCUUGAAAUUCAUGUCACUCAUUUUUAGAAUAGAGAAAACUCUUCCAUAAAAAAAUUUCUACGAACAAGGAAACGACUCGAGCGAGUUCAAACUUAUACUGAAUGCGGAUCACACAUUCACCUGUCCCCCCUCCAAGCCCGGCGUCCCAGUGUUGCCAGAUCGAACGCUACGUUGCCAGUCUCAACACUUAAUUUACAGACCUCAUAUGUAAGCUUUGUUAAUGAUUUAGAUGUCAUGUUACAUUACAAAAACAAAAUGGUUGUGAUUUUAUAGAGUAGCAAUGUAUUUUUUACAUAUUCGUAUAGACGUAAAUACUGAAGGUUCUUCAUGGACAAUAUUUUAAGAACGAUUGAUAUUUGAACAUAUUGUAAUUAUGUCCGUGUUUCAAUAAAGUUCAUUGCAGAAUUUA